UGCGAGAACGCGCUCCCGAAACUGGCGGCUCCCGCAGAGCAGCCGCGAGGAGAGGAGAUGCGGCCACCGCCCCUGCGAGCGCGGCUCCCGCUCGCCCUGAUGCUGCUGGCUGCUCUGCCGGCCACCGGCCGAGGGCUACCCCUGAGGAAGCGGGGUCCCGGGCCCCACGGCCACUCGAGGAUGCUGGAGGCCUCGCCUGCCCCAGAUCCUGGCUCUCCCCAAGAUAAGGAGGUAACACUGGAAUUUGCUGGAGACCAUCUGCAGGCAGAACCAUGUCACCCCGAGUGUCAGACCCUCCCUGAGCCAGCAGCUCUGACUCUGGGUACAGCCACCCCUCCCGGGACCCUAGAACACACACCCCUGCUGUUGGAGCUGAAGAACCUUCCAGGAUUGGCCAACACAGACUUGAGUGCCCCAAACCCCAAUAUCCAGGUGACCAUCGAGGUGGUGCAGGACCCCCAGGCUGAGGUAGAGAUGGAAUUGCCUUCUGAACCUAGAAGUCUCUGGCCCCUGCGCAUUUCCAGCUGGCUGCCCACCAGGGAGCUCUUCUGGCCCCUCUUCUGGGGCUAUCAGGAAGGUGAAGAAGGAGGUGCCAGUCUCAGAGACACGGCCCCAGGGGAAGUAGGGGAGGAAGAAGAGAAGGGUUACGCUACAGAGUACGGUGAUGGUGAGGACCAGGAGAGCAGUGAAGAGGACCAGGAGGAGGAGCCUUGGUCCAGUGGGGACACAGAAAACUGGGACUAUGGCUGGUUGGGUCCUCAGGACCAGGACUUCAAGGAACCAGACGUUUAUGACUACGAACCUCAGGAGGAGUGGAGCGCCUGGUCUCCCUGCAGUGGGAGCUGCACCAGCGGCAACCAGCAGAGAACUCGUCCCUGCGGCUAUGCCUGUACUGCCACAGAGUCCCGGGUCUGCGACCUGCCCCCCUGUCCUGGCACUGAAGACGAGCACGCCUUGGGCUUUCCCAGUGAGGGGUGGCAGCCCCUAGCCCACAAUGCUACGGAUAUGUUUGAUCCAGAUGUGGACAGCUGUGAGAAGUGGCUGAAUUGCAAGAGUGACUUCCUAGCCAAGUACCUGAGCCAAGUGCUCCAAGACCUGCCCAGCUGCCCGUGCGCAUACCCUCUGGAGGCUGUAUACAGUGCCGUGAGCCUGCAGGAUGAACACCGGGGCCGCAGCUUCCAGUGGCGGGAUGCCAGUGGCCCACGGGAGCGCCUGGACAUCUACCAGCCCACCGCACGCUUCUGCCUUCGCUCCGUGCUGUCAGGCGAGAGCAGCACGCUGGCUGCCCAGCACUGCUGCUAUGACGAAGGUAGCCGCUUGCUGACCCGAGGCAAGGGGGCUGGAGCUCCGAACCUAGUCAGCACCGACUUUUCACCGGAACUGCACUUCAAGGUAGAUACGCUGCCUUGGAUCCUAUGUAAGGGCGACUGGAGUCGCUACCACACCGUCCGCCCCCCCAACAAUGGCCGGGCCUGCGCAGACAACCCACCGGAGGAAGAGUACCUGGCCCAGCUGCAGGAGGUCAAAGAGUACUGAAAAGGGCUUAGAGAAUGGUCCUUCUGCCUAUUACCCCGUCCCUGCUGGGACUGGGCGAGUGUUAGGGUACAUUUGAGAGGCCAUCUGGCCUGCAAAACACCUCUCGUGACCCUGAGUCAGGAAAGCCACGCAUCUCAAGGAUUGGUGAUAGGUUGGAGGGUGGGUCAGGGUUAGGGAUGUGUUGGGACUGGGUCUGCGUCUGAAGGGCAGGAACUGCCCUAGUCUGGCCUCGGGGCCCUUUCCCCUUUCUUGCAGAAUCGGGCCCUUCUGCCUCUCCCUCUGCUCGGGAUUGAGACGGGAUGGUCCAGAUGCACCCACGUUCCCAGAGUCUGUUGUGAAUUCCUCAGAUCCCCCACCCAAUGGCUGGUUGAGGAAGAGCAUGGUGGGGGAGGGUAAGAAAGGACAGUCCUUUCAAGUGGCCCUACAGCUGCCCUUUGUUGGCCUGGCAGAACCAGGGUGACCACCCUCUUUGUCUAUGGGUGCCACACAGCCUCGUCUACAGCGGGUAGACUUGCCCAUGCUGUGAGGUCAUCAGGGGCCUUGACAGGACAGCUGAGCUGAGGGGCAUUGAUUUGAGGCAGGGAACCACCAGCUGUUUCUGGUCCUUCUUGGUUCAGUCCCCUGGUGGGAGGAAUGUGCAGAAGCCAGGCGUGGGAUGGGCUCAGAACUAGGGGUGGGCUCAGGAGGGUUUUAGUGUCUGUCGUGGUUGCUAAACCAGGAAUGUGAUGGCACAGAGUCCCAGUGUUCGAUGUGAGCCCUUUCGUGGUGUCCAUACCCACACUAGUGGCCCCCUUAAAGUUCCCAAACCGCGCCACCGGAAGCCCUGGAACUGGGCUUGGAGUCGGAAGAUGCACACCUAUCUAUGCCUCUUCCCAACCACAUCUUAUCCCCCAGACAGUAACUUGUCCUGUCUUUGGAGCUGAAAUGUUUUUUUUUUUUGUUUGUUUGUUUGUUUGUUUUUUUUCGA